CUGCCGUUUCGGGUAAAUUGUUUACGUCCAGGUGGGUAAAGGCGUAUUUACCUUGGGAAACUGUCCCGACCAACAACAACGCUAUAAGCAUCGACCAAAAGUUUGCACCUGUUACAACGCUGGUUGCAUAGUUCGGAAUACCACAAUCAACGAAUACUGUACCUUGCAGAUCUUAUCAAAAUAAAAACCAACCAAACAAAACUCUGAAGAUCCAAAACACCACUCGGUCGCAAUGUUACUCGAAGAAGAUCCUGCGACGCUCAUCCGAGCAACCGUACAAAACUUCGCCGUCACGCCCGACAAGGCCGCACUCAAGCGCCUCCAGGACUCGACAGCGGUACUGAACCAGGCGCGAGAGCUGCGCUUCCGAGAAGCCGAGUCAUCACUCAAGAAACUCUCACGGCAGCUCAACACUGUCCAAUCGCAGUACGAGGAGCUCACAUCUCAACACUCGUCUGCCGCGCACGCCUCGGAGAUGGCGCGCCUCGACACGCAAAAGUUCCGCACCGCCAAGGCCGCCUCCGACCUCGAGGUCGAGACGGAGAGGCUCUCUUCCCAAGCGGCAGACCUCGCGGCGCGCCUACAGGAGCUAGAGCUGCAGGGCGUCGAGGGUGAGCCGAGCGCAGCCGAUCCGGUCGAGGACGAGGUCCUCCUGAGACUCAAGGUGUACAGAAGUCUCGGCAUAGAACUGGAACGCGAGGGUGAGGAGUGGAGUCGCGCCGUUAUUCGGAACGACCGUAAGGGUGACGUCCAUGUGGUCAACAUGGACAAGAAGUUCUCAAGGUUCUUCUACGCCAACUACUUUUGGAGUACUCUAUGAACCACAAGGGAUAACGGCACCCUUCUUAAAUGGUUCAUGACAUAUGUGGGAUGAAUGAUGCAAAGGGAUACGGCGUCUUGGCGUUUGGGAUAUACAGAACACAUGAUACCUCCGUCUAAUUAAUUGAUUUGCAGCUUUAAUCGUGAAUGAAAGGCCAUGACCCAACAUAG